GUCAGACUUCAAUCCGUAUGCAGAAGGUCCGGCCGACCUCCACGAUCUAAUCCGGGAACGACUACAUAGCAUAGAACGAGCAGGUUACACCUGUGUAGCCACUGUAGCGUUCAUACAGGCUGAACAUGGCUGCAAGCAUGCUGCGCCUGACUAUGUGCCGAGGAACAUCUCUCGGCACUUUUCAAGCACGAGCCUUCUUUUCGACCGUGGCCAGGAAGCAGCUGCCCGUGGUUUCGUCAAUGUCUCAUAAAAUUGCUCCAUAUAAUCCUCAGGUCACAGCGGUACGGCUGGCUUCCGCAGACGCGAACUACGUGAAUAUCUGGAAGGCGGAGCGUAUUCUCGCCGCGUCUAUGCUCGCUAUCGUUCCCGGGGCAUUCAUGCUCCCCUGUCCAGUGAUGGAUUGCCUCCUUGCAAUAUCCGCUGUCGUGCACAUGCACUGGGGCGUUGAAACAAUCGUGGUGGACUACGUUCGACCUGCUCUGUUUGGCAACCUCAUCCCCAAAGUUGCAGUUGGAGCUGUUUAUGCACUCUCCAUUGCUGCGCUCACGGGCCUUUUUUACUUUAACUUCACAGACGUGGGUAUCAUCAAAGCCAUUCAGAUGCUCUGGACCGUGUGAUCAACUAGGCAGGAACAGCAGGCAAGCUUUCUUGACAAAUAAAGACAGUCAGGUUGUUGA